GUUGAAAAAGUCCUCUUCAAAGUUCCCCGUCAUCCAUUUGAAGACGAAUCAGAGUUAUUCAAGGACAUGUUCGCAUUGCCUCCUGGUGGUGAUAGGCUGCCUGAGGGGUCCAGUGACUCUGAACCCUUUGUCCUGCAUGAUGUGACCAUGAAGGACUUCGAAGCCUUGCUGAAAGUAUUGUUGCCUGAUCCGUACGUUUCAGUAUUGUUACUCUUAUUCAAUUGCUCCUUUCAAGACGAAUGGAUUUCUGUGCUACGCCUCGCACAUAUGUGGGACUUCAACCGGCUGUUCUUACUUGCAAUUAAAAAGCUUGAAGCACUCCCUAUGGAUCCAGUUACAAAAAUCGUACUCGCCAGAACGUAUACUGUUACAAAAUGGUUGAGGCCUGCAUAUUUCGAUCUCACCACACGUACCGACCCUUUGACACUGGAAGAAUCACGUGCUUUGGAUAUAGACACAGUGGUGAAGCUGAAUAUUGCUCGUGAUUUCCAUUUUAAAUGGAUUAUUGAAGGCGAGGAGGCGAAAUCUCCUCGAUUCAAUUCUCUAACCCCUACUUGUACUGUACCUUAUUACAAAAGCAAAGGUGCAAAAGUGACACUGACAAGGUCCAGUUAUUGGGAUUGUGACGAUGUAAAAGUUGACCAUAGAGGUCUCGAGGCAGCUGUACACUCUGUGUUAACUGGAUUAUUUAGGUUGCAUAGAAAUUGUUAUGUACCGUGA